AUGUCCUUCUCUACGCUGGUCAACGACCUUAGCUACCGCGAACGACCUUCCUCCACCAACACCAAUGGCACUGCCCGCACCGCCGACACUCGAGACAACCGCUCCACCUACUCCCGCGCACGAUCAUACGCCUCCACUGCCGCAACGAGUGUAAGCAUAAGCGGCGACAUCUCCUCGCAGCUCCACGGCGGCUAUUCACACCCAUUGGCGCGAGCAUGGCAAGCCGAGCGCCAGCUCACCAAGUCCAUGCUCAUCUACCCACUCUUCGUGACCGACAACCCAGAUGAAGAGACAUCAAUCCCCUCCCUCCCCAACCAGAAGCGCAUGGGCGUGAAUAAGCUCGUCCCAUUCCUCCAACCCCUCGUCGCGAAGGGCCUCAAAUCCGUCAUCCUCUUCGGCGUGCCCCUCAACCCAGCAGUCAAAGACGCCCUCGGCACCGCCGCCGACGACCCCCAAGGCCCCGUAAUCGCCGCAACUCGCCUCCUCCGCCGCGCCUUCCCCCGCCUCUUCAUCGUUUGCGACGUCUGUCUCUGCGAAUACACCACCCACGGUCACUGCGGCAUCCUCCACGAAGACGGCACCCUCAACAACACUCUCUCCGUCGACCGCGUCAGCGAUGUCGCCAUGGCCUACGCCGAAGCCGGCGCCCACUGCGUCGCCCCCUCCGACAUGAACGACGGCCGCAUCCGCGCCAUCAAGCUCAAACUCAUCGAAGCCGGCAUCGCACACCGCAUCGUCCUCAUGUCCUACAGCGCCAAGUUCUCCGGCUGCUUAUACGGCCCAUUCCGCGACGCGGCAGGCUCUCAGCCUAGCUUCGGCGAUCGACGAUGCUACCAACUGCCACCUGGAGGUCGAGGAUUGGCGAGGAGGGCGAUUCAAAGAGACAUCGCCGAGGGCGCGGAUAUCAUCAUGGUGAAACCCGCGACGCAGUACUUGGACAUCAUCAGCGACGCGAAAGAGAUUGGAAAGGACAUGCCCGUGGCGGCGUACCACGUCAGUGGAGAAUACAGCAUGAUCCACGCGGCAGCUAAAGCCGGCGUGUUCGAUCUGAAGACGAUGGCUUUCGAGGCGACGGAGGGGAUUCUCAGAGCUGGAGCCACGAUUGUCGUCAGCUAUUUCACGCCAGACUUUUUGGACUGGUUGGACAACUAA